CUUUUUCGCCGACCCCCGCCUCGCUCCAUCACUCAUACCAGCCGUUAUGUCUGGACUACCCCCACAACCUUUAGAAGAAGCUUUCGAGCCAAAACCUGCACUGCGCAAUGCAGCUACCGUAGGUCUUCAAGCAGGUAUUGUCGGCGCGUUUGUGAGUGCAGUUCAAAAUGCCUUGGGAUCGCAUUCGCGAGGCGCUGCUGGGUUCUUGACACGUAGUGGAGGCACUAUUGGAACUUUCGCUGCUAUGGGCGCUGCUUUUGCGUUCACGGAGUCGGCUGUAGCGAAUCAACGAGAAACAAAUGAUGCACUGAAUGGCAUUGCGGGUGGUUGUGCAGCAGGAUUUCUUGCAGGUCUUCGAACACGUUCAAUACCGGUUGCACUUGGAUCUUGCGCUGUAAUUGGUGCAGCUAUGGGCACAUUCGACUACGCAGGGGAAAUUGCUGGCAGGUCGAAAGAGGAGAAGGAGGAGAAGAGAAAGAAGUUCUUCAAAUCAGUACCCCAGCCUGUCCAUCACGCUUCCGAGUAGAGGCAGCAUCGCUCUACAGAUCCUCACCUCACUUCGAUCUAGAACUAAAUGCUGGCACCGAGCUUCACACCUUGAGAAUUUUA